AGUGACUUGUGGUCCAUACCAUGUUGAUUUUGCAUAUAUUUUGUAUUUUUCGCUUAUUACAGAGACGUUUCUUGUUCAGAUAAAUUGUUAAUCUUGUGGUUUUAAUAUGUAUAGGAAGGAAAUUAUUUGUGUCUGCUGAGUGAAUACGUUAUCAGGAUGCAGUUACGUUUCGGCUUGUGUGAACUCUGCAGAUCGGUUUUAUUUCGUCAGCCAUCGAUCGUAUCUGUUGCAAAGUUUCACCUCCAUCCGGCUCUGUCAGCAAAUGCACGUGCUGCUAUCAAAGAGAAACAUUCAGGCAGUGAAGAAUCUCCAAAGCAAGUAAAGAAGGUGUUACAUAUUAGUUGUAAGAGGAAAGAAUAUAACCUUUAUAAAGGUUUUACUUAUGGAAAAUUUGAAAACAUUCCAUUGGCAUCUAAAGGAUGGCACCAUAGGAAGUCAAAGGGAGAUUUCUUCACAAUCCAAAAAUAUAAGGAGAAUCCAGCAAUUUCUGACUCGUCUGAAACUAGCGUCACUUUUGCCGAUACUGGCAUUAAUAGUAACAUAAUUGGUGUUCUGGAGGAGCAGGAAAUUACAGAGCCAACAGUCAUUCAGAAAGAUGGUAUUCCUACUAUUCUAGAAGGGCAUAAUACCCUUUUAACUGCAGAAACAGGAUGUGGCAAGACUCUGGCAUAUCUUCUUCCUAUGAUACAACAGAUUCUGAUCUGGCAGCGUCUGUUAACGGAGAACCGAUUCAACAGCCCUCUUGGUGUAAUUGUGUCACCAAACAGGGAAUUGGCAAUUCAAAUAGGCAAAGUGGCUGAGAAGUUUGCCAGUAAAUUGAUGUUCAACACGCAGGUGUUGACAGGUGGUCACACAAAACGGAAAAUGCUUAACCCAUCGUACGAGCAAGUUGAUUUGUUGGUAGCGAGUCUCGGAGCCCUCAGUAAACUUACUACCACAGGCAUCUACAGCAUGAAGAACGUUCGCCAUGUGGUACUGGACGAGGCGGACACAUUGCUUGAUGAUAGUUUCAACGAGAAAUUGUGUCAUUUUCUGAAGCGUUUUCAUUUUCAAUUCAAAGGGACCAACAUACUAACUUCAGUACCGCCAGGCGUUCAGUUAACGUUGGUUAGUGCAACGUUACCGACAAGUCUUCCGGAUGUACUGAGUUCUGUUAUAGAGACAGAGUCAUUACUGAGAGUUACAUCAAAUCAAGUUCAUCGGAUACUACCACACGUUCCGCAAAAGUUUUAUCGGCUUGGCCGGUCCCAGAAGCCCGUUCAGUUGCUGACUAUGGUUAAGCAAGAUGUUGUAAAGAAACACCCUGUAAUCAUAUUUAGCAACAAAGCACCGACAUGUGACUGGAUUUCGAUGUUCCUAAAUGAAAAUGGUGUAAAAUGUGUCAACCUGAAUGGAAAAAUGCCAUUUGAUAUUCGGACGGGGAAACUAAACUCAUUUCUGUUGGGUGAUGUGGAUGUCAUUUCUUGUACGGACAUUGGUUCUAGAGGCAUUGACACUAUUAGGGUGAAACAUGUUAUCAAUUAUGAUUUUCCUCUGUACAUGGCUGAUUACAUUCAUCGUUGUGGGCGCACAGGUCGUGUUGGUAGCGAUGAAGGAUCUCGCGUGUCAAAUUUGAUUGUUUCUUCGAGAGAGGUGGAACUUGUGCAGAAGAUAGAGACAGCCGCUCGGAAAAUGGACGCAUUGCCCAAUGUCAAUGGUAAUAUCACGAGAACAAUUAAAUACAGAAUUUUGAAAAAUUUGGAAAAGGAAUCUUUCUGAAAUGUUUAAUUGUACAUUAAUAGUACUUCAACAUAUUGUGAGAUUAAACAUUUCUUAUUUACUGAA